AGCGGAGCAAAGUGUACAGCCACGGAACCCUCCGCUAUACAGUGGGCUACAGAAAAAUGGAGCUUUCUUAACGACUUCACUUUAGCUGAUUGGCCCAGAAUGUGCGUGAGCCCUGACCAACAUGGCCCAGUGGGAUAGCUCGAGCAGCAUGGAGCCAACAGGUGACUGCUCCCCCACCGUUCCUGAGUCAGAACUGUACCGGAGCCUCCAGGCUGUGCUGCCCCGGUGUACCGACCAACACCAGGGCCCAGACUGGUGUAGCAAAGGAAUGCUGAGAUGGACACUUCAUAAGAAGGUUCAAAACAAUCCUGCCAACUGCUUGUCUCUGCUGUGGGUGCUGAUAAAGGAGCUUGAAAAGGCUGAAAGAUGGGAUUCUCGCAAAUCUAUCAUUCCUCUGCUCCACAUUCUGAUGCACACCAUCAUCCAGACAGCCUACAUCCCAGAUGAGCUGUACAAACGAGUGUAUGACUUUUGUAAGAGGCUACUGACCUAUCCCCAGCCUUACUGCACCGUUGGCCUCAGCUACACGAGACAAAUUAAAACUGAACGCUUCAUCCCAGGUCUGAUGUACCAGAGGAUGAUCACAGCAGAGCAGAAGCUAAAAAAUGAGCACUAUCCUUUUCAAGAGAGGGUUUUCGUGUUGGCUGAUCCCGAAAUCUUCACUGGUUCCAUGAUCCCCACCGUAAUGGAGGACAUUGAGGUUUCUGCCUCAGCUUCGACUGGAUUCGUCAGUCAGCUAGAACACAUGUGCAGCGUGGUUCAGCACACCAUACAGGCAGCUUUAGGACCAGAACAAUGCCACGGUCCAAAACUAGCCCAGGCCCUCAGGGACAUGGGUCCAGACGUUGAGCCAUACUUUCAGGAAGUGUUGGCAACUCUUGAGCAUUGCGUGGAAGAGGGCUACAGAGGUGAAGGAGGAGCGCUGAGCAGCCGUCUUCAGCAGCUGUACAGCGAGAUCGUCUCUGCAUCCGAUGCAGAACCUCCGUGUAAAGGACCGCUGUGUGACUGCCCGGUUCCCAACCCCGACAUUAGCUUCUACCUGUGGACAGAGGAUCUGGAUAUCUGGCGGGAGCUGUCCAAGUGGUUCCGAUCCAGUAGCGUGUCAGAGUCCUUCUCCUCCUUCAGCCAAGAACAGGAGGACUUUGAGCUGGGCGAAUCCCCCUGCACCCUGAUGUCGGCGGACAUGCCUCGGUUUUCUAUUUUGUCCAACGACAGCGGGAUCGAAAGAGACUUGCCCCCCACCUUUGAUUUCUCUCCGUCGUCCUCGCUGGACAACCCUGGCAUCGGUUCAGCGUGGGAACAGUGUAAAAUUGAGCAAGAAUCGGGCAGGCUGUCGCGGCGAGGAGGCAUCAAACUGAAACCGACGGCCAAGGACAGUAUGAUGCUCAUGCAAGACACGCUGGAGGACCACGCGAGCUCAGCAGGUGGAGGAAGUGGAGGGAGGGGAGGAAGAAGAGGGGCCACUCUGCAGAGGCGAGCCGGGACCAACAUGAUGGAGACCCACUUCCCCAAGCAGCAGAGACACUUCACUGCAAAGAUUGUUGUUAUGGGAGAUGACAGGGUAGUGGGUCGCCUGGCUAAGGCCUAUUACUUCUACAGAAAGAGAGAAGCACGGCGGCUCUUCCUUACAAUGAAAGUCUCUAUCCAGUUCUACUACAUUCCUGUUUGCCCGGCUCCAGCGUCGAUCUCACCUACCACGGUAAACCUCAGUCAGUCGACGGGGGAUUCCUGCACGCUUGGUUCCUACUUGAGCGACGUGGAUCCAUGGUACAACAGCAACAUCAACAGUCUGGGAUGCAUGAUACAUAAGCUGGCUAAAAUGAAAGAAAUGAAUCCUGAGAGACCCAAAGACCCAUUCAUCUCUGAUGUCAUCACAUACUAUGUCCGCAGCGGCCAACAGCCUGUCUACUUCACCAUCUAUUUUGUAAAGAUUAUAUUCAACAGCAUGACAAAGGAUCCAGUGGAAGAUGUGUUCCUGACCCACCUGGAGAUAGACUUCCCAGAAUUCAAACAGAUUUCAGCUUCAGUUAAAGAUAAACAGAAGAAGAGCUCGGGGGAAGUAUGUGGAGCGGUUAUCUCUAUGAAUUACAAAAAGAUGACAUUAAGUGGCCGAGAUGUUGACGUAGGAAUUUCAGUCAGAACGUCAGGCGUCCAGAUUAAUGCCAUUCCCUCCAACGAAGCAGAAGAUCUGAACUGUUUGACUCUAAUGGUGAAUGAAGCUCCAACAAAGACAAAGAGCCUGGGUGGGGAAUCAAAGAUUCGGAGCAGCAACAUUAAGAUUCGUACCUUAGAGAGGCGAUCUUUUACUCUCAUUCUGGACAGAGACAGUCGGAGGACUUACAAACAUGUGCAGAGCAUCGAGAUCGCUCCUUGUCUGGAUCCUGGCUACCGAGUGCAGAAAACCAUGAGGUCCAAAUUCUGCUUGGAUGCGGAUAAAGACGCUGGACUGAGCAAAUACAUGAGCAAAGCUCUUCCUCUGCCGAUCAAUACGUUUGCUGGCAUUAUCAACUGAUGCGUCAAGUCUCUCUGUGGUAACACAAACCAAGUCCACGCCUUUGAUACGGGGAAAACCGGUUGCGUCAAGAAGGGCAUCCUUGGUAAAAACUCUGCCAAGUGUGGGUGCACGUUGUAAAGGCUUGCUGUGGCGUUCCCUGAAAAGGACGCAUCAACAGAAAUGUCAAGUCCCCCAACACUUGAUCUAGGAGUCAGGCCUAAUGUGAUCUGAAAAAGGACAAAAGAAAAUCACCUUCCUGACCUCAUGAGCUGCUCCUGGACCCAAAGUGUUCUCCAGUUGUCGCUGAGCUCUGGCUGACAUUGAUUGAGAAAGACUUUUUUUUUUUAUUAAUGUUAUUAUUCAGAUGUAAUUUAAACACAGUACUAUGAUCAAAUUCUGCAAAUGACCGCCUCAUCAAGUCGGCUGAUUUUAGUGUUAGAAAGUUGCAUCACACUGCAGGAUGGGACUGACCUUGAUCAGCAUUGCGCUCUUCGGGAAUUGCCUGCUGUGUCUACUUUAAUGAUGACAGAUGGUCAUUGUAGUUCACCGUGCCUUAUAUCAACGGAUAAUAUUGCCUGGAGAGACCAGCAGAGAAAAUGAAGUUGGCAAAUAUAUGUUGAUCAGCCAUAAAAAACACCUUUAUUUAUAAAUUAGGGAUGUCGUCGCCAUUUGUUCCGCCAAGUGCUCAAGUCUGAGAACCCCAGAUUACAACUUUGGUUUUGUCCACACAUACUGGGAAAAACAAAUACAAUCUUAUGCGUUUUGGCCUUUCAUCCGCACCAAAACUCUGUUUUAUGUCACUAAAAACAAUUACUUCUGAAAGGUCCGGCUAAAGCAGAGAUUUGGGGAAAGGCUGUUUCUGUGUUUGCGAGUAAACAUGGCAGAGUUUUUAGGGUCCCACGCAUCGCAGUCUACCACAAGUAAUGCGGCGCUAACGUCACAUGUGCGAGCGUUGCUACAGACUUGGUCAUGCAGAGGAGGAAAAAUGAACAGAACAAAAAUGAAGUCAGAGAGGAGCUCCUUUUCACGUUGGUCAGACACUUGACGCUUGUUUUGUUUUUUACAAGUCCGACUGGUUUAAUACGUUGAGGUGCUAUGUAGUAAAAGCCCCCCCCCCAACACCAUGGUUGCAUUAAAGGAUUCUGAUUGGCUGACAUAGGUCUUAUUUUUGCGGAAAAUCGCCCCCUAUGUGUUUGGAAUGUUUAAAAUAACUCCCGGUGGGGUAUUUGUGCAAGUUCGUGUGAAUUAACUUUUCUGAAAACAAUACAGUGUCUACGGUAUUAUUUUAAAAACAAUUUGGGCGAGAUCUCAAGUGUACAAGGCCUUAAGCUGGCUUCAAACUUGACUUAGACUCACGGUCUGGGAGUCGGCUCUCAUGAACAACCUUUAUGUCAUGUAAUUAAGAUUUAGGAUGUAGGGAAGUAUAGAUCAUCCGAGUAAAUGAUUAGUGGCAGCACCUCUGAGCUAUGGUAGUGUAUCUAAAUGGUUGUCAGUGGUAACAUUAAACACAGUAGAUACGGCUUCUCUGUAAUGUUUCUCCACAGUACGUUAGCAGUAAAAGCAGAUAAGAGUUUACCAGUUUCGUGCCACCAUCGAGCAGUAUUUAUAGUUAGUAAGAUGCAGAAUGCAGCUCUGACAGAGGCAAUCCUGUUAAAGGGUGUUUGAAUUCUCAUACAAUGAGCUAUUAAUGGUUUAUAACAACCUGUGCACGCUUAUUGGAAUAAUGACCCUUAUCCAGAUGAGCUCCGUAUUAACUCACUAGAGGUCAUUUCAGAACAACAUAAACUUAACUUACCUCUGACAUCUUAUUUUCUCAUCGGUAAGAUUGCAAAGAUUAUUGCAUUCCUUCAAAAAUAAAAGCACUUCCUCCUUUAGCAAUCCAGGCAUUCGAUAUAAACUGGUGCUUUGGUCUUAUUUUUGAUAGCGUUGUUUGAACAGAAAUACAUAUUUAUAUCUCUAGAGUAUUUUUAAAUACUUGCCAGCAGAUUAGAAUUAAGCUGACUGAAUUGCGUGUCACGUUGUUAAAAUGUUGAAUUAGGAUUUCAUUACCUGCUGUGUUUUUUUUUUUUCAUUUUGUGGCUGAUCACUGUUUGCACUUCAAUGCCAGAAAGUUUCAUCUGUCGGUAAUUUGGAAGUUUUAGCAACAAAUCUGUAGGGAAUCUGCUUCAUGAAGGCGUCAAAGAAUGUAGGUUUUAAGAGCUGAUCUCACCGCUUACUCUACUCCUACUAAACACACUACUUUUAACCCGCCUUCCUGACACGAACACACAGAUCCAAGCAUGACCUGCCACCUCCUGGAACAAUGCUCCCGCUGUUCUCAUCUCAUCGGAUGCUCAGGAUCUUUGUUACGGCCACCGCUCAGCCAUCUGUGCCCGUCUCAUCUGUAACAUAAUGGAAGCUCUAAUCAAGAUGAACAUGACUGACAUUGCUUUGAUUGUAGAAGAACCAAAUCACAUAACGCGGUGAGACCAGAACCAAUGAGCGGAGUCGGGAAUUACUCAGGACAGAAGAAACCUUUCGAUUAGCAUCAAAUACAGAUUCAGGAAAGGUGCUGUUAGACCUCUGACUUACCCUCAUUUAAGGCACCGGGCACUACCUACAGGGACAAUUUUUUGGAGUUGCAUACUUGAUAUCACACAAGACAGAAAUCAUAUAAGCCGUGCAGAAGUACAAGUAAAAAAAAUCUCGCAGCAUUGAAUUGGAGCUGCUUUACAUAACAUGGUGUAUAAGUGUUUAAAUGUUGUUUAUGUUGCACUAACUCUUCAUUUUGUAAACAGUGUAAAGUACAUAUUUAAAGCAUAAAACAAGACUUGUAAUUACUGUGAAAUAUCCUACUGAUCCAUAAUCACCAUUUGAUAUCCCUGAGCUUAAAGAGGGAUGAUUUUGAUCUGACACAACGACUGGUCCUGUUGUUUUUCCCGGCAAAUAUUAGAGUGUAGCGUUGUGUUGAAAGGUUGUUAGUCGUUCAUAUCUUACCUGCAGCAAGUAGCUGUCUUGGCAUCGACAGCCAAUCCCAUGUAUGUAUCAGGCAGUUUUUUUUACAGAGAAGCAAUGACUUUUUGUGGAAAUGGAGGUAGGAGGUGCCGCACCAUCAUCAAUGACCUGCCGUUUAUGAAAUGUACUGAAAACAGGACAUGGAAAGCGUUUUGGAUCAGCACCUACCUGACAUAAAGUUAAAAAAUGGAUGAACCAAAGAUUUUAGAGCAGUUUGGUAAAUUCUUUCUCGGUUAGUCUUGUACCUCUUUGCUUUUAAAUUUGGCUGCUAGUCUUUAAAGGCUUUAAAGGUUUCGUUUUCAGACAAGGAAGAUCAUUGUUGGUGCACCUCCUCCUAACUCUGUUUUCUGUCCAAAUAUUCAUCAGAUUCCCUGUGAAUAACAUCCCAAACCACAGCUAUGCUCUGAUGACAGAUUAAAAGUUCAUGAAAUAUUUUUUUUAUUUUUUAUUUUUUUUUACACAACCUCACUUUAAAAAUGCUGAAGUAUCCCUUUAGUUCUUGUUGUGUGUAGCUAUUUUUACAGGACCAAAUCGAGUAUAGUUUGCACCAUUUUAAGUAUGGCUUCUGUGGCUGAAAGCCUCAGGAAGUGGAAGUGAUGUGUGAUGAGCUGAAUGAAUAAGAUUCAUGAAUCAUUUAGGUGCGUGCAUACGUGUGUCUGCUGGCCUGACAGCGGAAAACCAUGGGUUUGAAAUCCAUGAUGUAUUUUGCACAUUGUUUUAUUCCUUUAUGCUAUGAAUGAAUGAUGUAUUCAGACGUCGGAGACGUUGUUGUCUAAAUAAAUGAUUUUGUUUUGUAGAAAAGCUA